CUCCGACCCCGAACUGCGCGGAGCCCUGGGGCACCGCGAGACAGCCCGGUCCGGCGAGGCGCAACGCGGCGAGUCCCUCCCGCUCAGGCUCCCGGACAGAGGAAAGGGAACUUCCUCUUUAAAGCUACGUAUUGCUAAGGAGGAUUUCUAAUGGGCGGAGUUUUCCUUGAGCAGGCUACAUAAAGGCUUGCAGGAUUCGCAGACUUCUCAGACUGCUAUCAGCAUGAACUGCAGCCUGCCAGACAGAGUGCUGCUGCUCAGCUACGUGAUGGAUAGAAGGCACGACAGGUUGUACCUUCAGCCUCUUUGGGACUUUGUCACAGCAAAGAAGCCAUUGAUCAAGUCUCCAUUUUUCCCAGUGCUGUUUUCUUUUACAGCAUACAUGGCUUUCUGUCUUCCAUAUAUUGCACUGGACUUUUUAAGCACUAGACUACCAAACUUGAGAAAAUACAAAAUCCAGCCACAGAACUAUCCGACUCUUGGAAUGAUGGUGCCGUGCAUUAUUCAAAGUAUGUAUCACCAUGUUGUUUUUAUCUUCCCGGUGACUUUUCUCCACUGGUACUGGAAACCAAUGAAUCUGCCAGUGACAGCUCCAGAGCUGCCUGAGGUCAUGCUGGAAGUAGUAGGUUGCCUGCUUCUGUUUGAUUUUGAGUACUUUCUGUGGCAUUUGAUUCAUCACAAAGUGCCUUGGCUCUACAAGACCUUCCACAAGGUGCAUCACAAGCACAUAUCAACAUUUGCUCUUACUACACAAUAUUCCAGUGUAUGGGAAUUGCUUUCGCUAGGAUUUUUUGCUGCUAUCAACCCAGUACUCCUUGGAUGCCAUCCUUUGACAGAAAUGAUUUUCUUUCUUGUAAAUAUUUGGUUGUCAGUGGAGGACCAUUCAGGAUAUGACCUUCCAUGGUCAACUCACCGACUUGUGCCUUUUGGUUUGUAUGGAGGAGCACCACAUCAUGAUCUCCAUCAUCUGAAAUUCAAAUCAAACUAUGCUCCUUACUUCACCCACUGGGACAAACUCUUUGGGACAUUCACAGAGUCACAUUCUAAUUAAGGAUAUUUACCUGAGGAUGAACUCUCAUUUUUUUUUAUGGACUAAACUAGGACAUUAGUUUUUUGAAGACAUACAGAAGAUUGUAUAUUUGAAACUGCCUAUAAAAGCAAUAGUUAUUUAUUACAAAUCCUCUUAAUAUAUGUGUAUUUGUAUGUAUACUUGGAACUGCCUAUGUUAAAUGACUGCAAAUGGGAGGGUAAAUGUUAAGUUUGUUUGAGUCAAAGGUGUAAGGGAUGCAUUAAGAGACACUCUCUCUUCUUUCCUUCUUUCCAGCUUUCAUAAAGCAUGUAUUGUAUUACUGUAUGCUGUUUUAUACAUACACCAGAACAAUUGUCUUACUGUUGUAGGAUUAUUUAUGAUGUAAACAGAAAAGGUGCACAUCAUGGAUUUUGUGCUGGUUAACCUGCCAGAGAACAUCAUUGAACAAUGAUGUUGUAAGAUAUUGCUGCCAAACAAAGCUAGGUAGCCAACUGUGCAAUAAUUUUGAUAUUUAUAUUUUAAACCUUGGUAUACUGUCUUUUUUUAAUAAAAA